AUGCUUACCAUGGCAUCAGAUGGUACUGGAAAUAUUCGGACAACGCAUAAGCAGACAAAUUUCCGGAAUAUAUUCAGUGUGACUAACAAUGUGUCUGAUACAUCCAGUUUUGCGAACUAUCUACGAAGAACCUCACUCGAAUUGAGGACUGACAAGAACGGGAAUCUUUUUGUGAAAGGUGUAAAGUGGUACCCUAUCUGCUCACCUGAAGAAGGUCUACGGCUUGUUGCGAUCGGUCGUCAAUGCCAAAAAGUUGCAUCAACCCGUUUGAACCAAGCAAGUUCCAGAUCACACAGUAUUCUGUUUAUAAAGGCUGUUCGAGUAGCGGAUAAAAGCAAUCCUAAUUUCGCCCGAGUUAGCACUCUAAUGUUUUGUGAUUUGGCUGGGAGUGAGCGCACUGUAAAGGCUGCUACAGCUGGUCAAGUAUUACGUAUUCGCGAGGCUGGAAAUAUUAAUUCAAGUCUUCUAACUUUGGGAAGGUGUAUUGAAGCUGUGCGAUAUAACCAAGUCCAUCCAGAUAAUCCGAAGCUGGUGCCCUACAGAGAUUCCAAACUUACUCGUUUGUUUCAAGGUUUCUUCACUGGUCAAGGCAGAGCAUGCAUGAUAGUUAAUGCAUCUCCGAAUCCUGAACUAUUUGGCGAGACGUUGCACGCUCUUCGCUUUGCUGCUCUAGCUAAGCAAGUUAUUGUUGAAGCCAAUCCUGUAACGGAAACCGCGAUUUCGGAUCGGAGCAAGGUUGAAGCUAAACCAAGGUUUAAAAUAAUUAAGGAUAUCAAGUCGUACCGAGGCAAUGUAAUUAUGUAUGUUUUUAAAAAUCUAAUUGUUAUUGUUUAUUAUUGA